ACCCGAGAGAGAUAUCUGAACCUACCCUCCUUUUUCAUGUGGAUUUUCAACCUCCCCUUAUAUAUCACACUACUCGUACAGACCAGCCAUAGGCCCAGAGAGAGAGACAGAGAGAGACCCUUCUAACAAUUUUCGUUUACUUCUUUAGGUUUCUCUAACACAGAGCUUUUGAAUAAGAGGAGGAGAUUGUAUCUUGGGAGCCUCGAUAAGUGACAAAAAGUUUUACUCCUCAAUCUUCAUCCUCUUACAAAUGCCACCAUCUUUGAAUCUCUCCUGAAUCUUUCCUUUUCCUCUUUAUAUCAUCCCAUAUUUUCCGAGAAACAUAAAGUGGUCUAGCUCCUUUAUAAAGCAGAUUCAUAGUUCAAAGCUCUCCCCUUUAAAUCCCAAGUCCCACCUCUCUUUCCCUCUUUUUCCAACUUCCCAAGUGAUUUUCUUCCUUUUCCAUCCCUUUACCCCUCAACAAAACUUUCCACACAAUCGUGACUCCAAAAAAAAAAAAAAAAGAGAGAACUUUCCACUCAAUCAUAUUUUCUCGUUUCCCAAACAGACCCACGAAGCCCUCGCCAUCCAUAUUGAGUCUCUCAACGCCUAAAACUACAACCCAGAAAGUCCAUAGCUACUGCUUAAGAUGUUCUCUCUUACGAUCAUCUUUCGGUCUUUUAUUUGUUUGUGGUUUAUGGUUUACAACGCUCGUGCCGGUUUACUUUCUGAACCGGCUAAUGGCCAUGACCAGCCGUUGAACCCGGGCGAGUACUCCGUCCCGGCCUACCCGGUUCAGACUCAGACCCAGACCUGCCGGCUCGACCUCUCAAGCGAGCUCUUCGGCGGCGUGAGCGAGGCCUGCGGUAAGAACCUCGACCGAAGCCGUUGCUGCCCCGUUUUGGCCGCGUGGCUCUUCGCUGCUCACGCCAGGUCGGCUCUGCAGGUGUCAUCGGCUCCGGCUCCCGCGGCGGAAGAAGACCUCCCGAUGAUGCCGGACGACGCGCAGAGGUGUGUGAACACACUGCAAAGCUCGCUGUUGAGCCGGGGCAUUCGGAUUCCACAGCCGAACGCGAGCUGUGACGCCAUCCUUUGCUUCUGUGGGAUUCGGUUACACCAGAUUAGCUCGCUGAGCUGUCCCGCGGCUUUCAACGUUACUGGGUUUCACAAUGCCACUCCGACGGUUUCCGUCAGGAAUUUGGAGAAGAAUUGCCGGAAUUCUUCUUAUUCUGGUUGCACCAAGUGCCUUGGUGCCCUUCAAAAGCUCAGGGGUGGAUACAAAAACGGGACGGGAGGUGACAAGGCCACUAGCGAAAGGGCGAGCAAGAUGUUCAACAGGGACUGCCAGCUCAUGGGGCUGACUUGGCUGUUAGCGCGCAACAAAACGGCCUACAUUCCUACGGUCUCGGCCGUGUUACGGGCCAUAAUGUACAGUGCGCAUCCGCCGCACGAGUCCACGUGCAGCCCCGAUCAGGAGAACAUGCCACUCGCCGUGGAUUCCUUGCAGUUCCAGAAAGCCCAGUCCUCGUCGUCGCCGUCCAUACUUCGGUUUCCCGUUUUGCCACUAAUCAUUUGGGUUUUCCUGUUCGUGUAAAAAAUAAAUAAAUAAAAAAGAAAAGGUGGCGUCCGUCCGUGGCGUGGCCAUCUUCUCUCUCUCUCUCACUGGAAAUUUUUUGGGUGUCUUAUGUUGUGUCGGGUCACGUGAAGCUAGUAGACAAAUGGGCUACCGGGGAUGUUUUUGUCUUUUUUGCCCACUGUAAAUGUCAGCCCGUACCGAGACUUGAUUGACGUGUAGAUGUAGUAACGUGGCGUAUGGUAUGGUAUGGUAUGGUAUUGAGGGAGGAGGGAUGGGUUGUUGUUUUAAUUUUGCUAAAUUUAUAUUCAUAGUGUUACAUCAAAUCUUAUUGCCAUAUUUUUAUGGCACAUAUUCAAAGAGCCAUGUUUAA